CUCUUGCCUUGUCCGGUCAUUUGACAAACCAGCUUCACGUACUACUAUACUAACAAAGUUAUUCUUUUUGCACUGCUUCUAGCUAGCUAGCUAGAAGUCCAACAGAAGAAGAAUCAACACGGACCAAAUAGAACGUAAAGUUACAUACUAUGGAGUGUUCUUGGUUUCGGGUCGUCGUCCUCCUCGCCUGCGUGUUUCCGGCGAUCGUCGAAUGCCGGGUUCGACACUAUAAGUUUGAUGUGGUGAUGAAGAAAAUGACUCGUUUGUGUUCAUCCAAAUCCGUUGUUACCGUCAACGGAGAGUUCCCGGGACCCACCAUCUACGCAAGGGAAGAUGAUACUGUGCUUAUCAAGGUCGUCAAUCAUGUCAAAUACAACGUCUCUAUCCACUGGCAUGGCAUUAGACAGCUCCGAACGGGUUGGGCGGACGGGCCGGCGUACAUAACACAGUGUCCCAUAAGACCAGGGCAGAGUUAUGUGUACAACUUCACGAUUACAGGUCAAAGGGGCACCCUCUUUUGGCAUGCCCAUGUUCUGUGGUUAAGGUCAACUGUCCAUGGAGCUUUGGUCAUAUUGCCUAAGCUUGGUGUGCCUUACCCUUUCCCCAAGCCUGACCACGAAGCCGUUCUAUUACUCGCUGAAUGGUGGAAAUCUGAUACGGAGGCGGUUAUCUCAGAAGCGCUCAAAUCAGGAUUAGCUCCAAAUGUUUCAGACGCUCAUACAAUAAAUGGUUAUCCAGGGCCGGUUUCCAAUUGUCCUACACAAGGUGGAUAUAAAUUAAGUGUGGAAGCUGGGAAGAGCUACCUGCUAAGGGUAGUCAACGCUGCACUCAAUGAAGAACUCUUCUUUAAGGUUGCCGGCCAUACGUUGACCGUCGUCGAGGUCGACGCCUCGUACGUAAAACCCUUCAAGACAGACACGAUCGUGAUAGCCCCGGGGCAAACCACCAACGUCAUCGUCACCGCCGACAAACGUUCCGGCCAGUACAUGCUGGCCGCCUCCCCCUACAUGGACGCUCCGAUCACCGUCGACAACCAGACCGCCGUCGCCACACUCCACUACACCGGCACCCUCACCGGCAGCCGCACAACCCUCACUUCCACGCCACCCAAAAACGCCACCGCUUUGGCCGACAAAUUCCUCGACUCCCUGAGAAGUCUCAACUCCGAGGAGUUUCCGGCCAAGGUUCCUCAGAAAAUUGACCACUCCCUCCUCUUCACCGUCGGGCUUGGUAUCAACCCGUGCCCGUCUUGCAAACCCGCAAACGGAACCCGGGUCGUCGCCGGAAUCAACAACGUCACGUUUGUCAUGCCCACCACCGCUCUUUUGCAAGCUCACGUCUUUGGCAUCAAGGGAGUGUUCACGGCCGAUUUUCCGGCGAACCCGCCGUUUGCUUUCAACUACACCGGCGCCGGUCCGGCGAACCUCCAGACUUCAAAGGGGACGAAGGUUUAUAGGCUGGGCUAUAAUGAGACAGUUCAAUUGGUUUUACAGGACACCGGAAUUGUUUUGCCGGAAAACCAUCCCGUCCAUUUGCAUGGGUUUAACUUCUUUGUCAUCGGAAAAGGGUUAGGGAAUUUUAACCCUAAGAAUGAUCCUAAGAAGUUCAAUCUCGUUGAUCCAGUCGAGAGGAACACGAUCGGAGUUCCGGCCGGCGGUUGGGUUGCUAUCAGAUUUCGUGCCGACAAUCCAGGAGUAUGGUUCAUGCACUGCCAUCUUGAGAUACACACAACCUGGGGAUUAAAGAUGGCAUUCCUAGUGGAUAAUGGAAAGGGUCCAAACGAGAGUGUUUUGCCCCCACCAAAGGAUCUUCCCCAGUGUUAAUUAGAAGAGCUGGCCGGGGAUAAUGACCACGAACAGAUGCACAAAAAAAGAGUUGAUCGAUGACAAAUAAUAUACUUUUAAUAAAAGAGUGACCAAUUAUGGGAAGACAAAUUAAAUAAUAUACUUUUUGUUGAGUGAAGAAAAUGUUUGCUCAAGCAAGUUACUAAUAGUUACAUUCAUUUUUUGUUUAUUUGUUUGUUUGUAAUAGAGUUGGGAUCAAUCAUCAUGUAUCUUUGGAUCAAAUUCUUUUCUCAAUAUCACAGGUUCAGUACUCGUUACUUUUAAAGUGUCGUUUGAGUUAGAGUUCAUC